GAGGCCUCUGUUUGUCUUCCUGCCCUUUUUCUGAUCCCUGGCUGGGAGAUGGUUUUUGUCUUGGAUCCGAUACAAAUGUAUUGUGGUAGACACUGGAGGAGAAAGCGGCGAUGUCUGGCUUCUGUUUUGUUCCGACAAGCUUUGCGGGACAAGCAGACGCUGGGCAUCGUCGCUUUUUUAUUUGCCCCGUUUUCUGAUCAGCUUAUAAACGGGGCUUUCUUAGAACGGAACUUGACAUCAUGUGUUUAAACUUGAUGAAGAAGAGGACGGCGGGGCGACGCGUAGACAUCCAUGUAGCCAUCUGCACAGGCAAUCAGAUCUGGAAGCUUCCAAUACAUCUGACUUGACUAUGCUGCUAUAAUUGCGUCGAUUGUGGCUCAUCACAGGAAAACGCUUGGCGUUCCUGAUUGGGGUUCCCCGGAUUGCUUGGCUCCGGACUUCCGUCGCCGCUCCAGCUCCACUUGGGCCACGUCAAAUUUUCUGUUCCCGGUGAUGCAAUAAGUUAACCUAAAGGAAAACUGGCCCGGCCAUUCAUCUAAUGUUCCAUCCUUCGCCCAAACUGCAGGAUCAUUUCUCAAUCACAUCCACUCCCAACCUUUCUUCCUCUCAUCUCCUCAAUACAUUUGUAUUACAAGUCUCUAUGCUGUUGUAAUACAGGUCUUUCUGUCUUUGUCCGUUCUUGUAGUAAUAGUAGCUUCUCUUAUACUAUCCGCACUUUCUCGUUGGGUUCCCUCCUCUAUCUGGUCCAAGCGAGCUACCAUCUUGCCACAACGUUUUUUUUAACAAGUGAAUCCUGCAGAUCUCGUCUUACGGCUCUGCGAUAUCUUGCCGCAUUUUCAUUCACCAGUCUGUUGUUUCCCAUCUCUUCCUUUUGCCUUUGCGCGUCUGCUCGACCUCUCCGCGCCUGCAUCCUCUGACCUGGAAGUCUGGUGGCAGACAGACACUCUCUGCAGAUCAUGGCACGGGAACCGCUGCCAGCCUUUGUCGCCGAAAUCUCCAAUCCUCAGUCCACCCGAUCGCACAUCGCCGCCCUUAAAACAUUGAAGCACCAACUCAUCGGCCACGAGCAGAGGAAAGAGUUUGUCAUCCGUCAUGGCAUCACUAGACUUCUGCACCGAAAUCUCACCGCCGGAGCCUCCGUUCAAUUGGAACCUCAACAAGAGACCGAACACAAGCUUGAGGAUCGAUGGACAGAUGAAGAUGAGCUACGGCUACAAUCAUUGCAGAUUGUGAGCUGUCUUGCUCAUGGCGGUAGUACAACUGUACAGCCGCUAAUCGCGUCGGGCACCAUGACUUCAUUGCUGGGCCUCUUGAACCCGGCUACGACACCUUCGCGGCUGAUCAUCGAGUCCUUAAGAGCGUUGGUUGCUGUUGCGGAGGCGCUGGCAACGGACAUCAUCUCUUCGUCUCGCAACCCUUCCGGCCUUCCGCAGCUCUCUGAUCUAUUGUUUUCGAAGCCAGCCGUGAAUGCACUGGCGAGCAUUCUUGCACAGAAAAUAUCUUCAAAAGAUGUGGAUGAUCAAAUUACGCUUGUCUUGAGACUGAUUUGCGUAUGUCUGCGUGAAAGCGAGAAGGGGCUUCACCAAGCUGCGCUGGUGAAAGUCGGUGUGCUUGACUACAUUUGCUGCAGACUGGCUACCUUGGCAUACCUUCUUGGUGCCGCGCCUCCAUCCAUGGAUACAAGCUUGGCUUCCAGUAUGCUACCCGCGCCCCCGCGUACGAGCCUGGUCUAUAUUCUCGAAGCGCUGGCCUGCUUCUCACAUGAGUCUGCUUACCGAAGCAUGCGUAUCCUCUAUUCACGGCACCUUCUCGAAGUUUUCCCCAUCACAUCCACUUCUGCACAACACAGCAGAGCAGGAGACUACAUACCCGCGUCCUCAUACCACGCACCGAGCUAUUCUAGUCACAUCGAUGCUUUCCUGCCAAAACUUCAGGCUGUUCAGUCAAAGCACGAGCACAUGUUCGCCAAGGCCUUUCCUCCCCUGCGUUCAUUCUCUCAAAGCGGUGACAUGCCCAGCCGCAUACCUUACUUUAAUGAGGGCAGCACCACCAUCUCAAAUAGGACUAUAUCUGCAGAUGAGUUCGGAAGCCCUUUGAUUGCAUGGCUUAUUCAUAUCGCGCGCCAUAGCAAUGGGCUAGAGCGACUGGCUGCACUCGAGUUCCUUGCAAAACUUGUGUCGGCGCUGGAUCGGAAGAUCAUGGAGACGUGGACGGAGUCAUCUCGAAACCGCGAUCGCACGCUAGCUUUCUUGGUUGUCCCCUUGCUCAUCCGCAUCAUUGAAGGAACUGACUCUAUGAAUCUAUUUCAAUCCACUACGGGGGAGGAGGUGUCAAUAUUGCGAACGAUUCGAGAACGAGCUCCAGUAGCGCUUGCAAUUCUGAUCAAGGAUGUGCCUGCGCUGCAAAAGGCAGCAUACGAUGCAAAUGCAGUAAACGUACUUGGUCAGAUGCUGAAACGCUCUUUUGAUACCGUCGUAACCGUAAGGAAAACGAUGUGGACUUCCGUUCCGACAGACGUGGAUCCACGUGACUCCUCCAAAAGAGACGAUCAAUCCGAUCCAGCCUGCUCACUUGGAGCUCCUGCGAUGGCUGCGGAAAAUAUACAUCGCCUGAGGACGCGCGCAGCUGCUCUGCUGGCACUUGCAGCGAUUGCACAGAAGGAGGACAGCUAUCGUCGUUCCAUUAUCGACAUCAAUGCCAUUAGUUGUCUGGUUGACAGUCUCGUUCCGUAUCCUGACGGUCCACUCCUGUCCUCAUCUUGUAAUUCUUUGACACAAACCGCUGUCACAGCAGGAAGCCAAGGAGGAAGCUUGGCGGAGAGUAGCAAGGAGGGUAAUCCUUGGUUCGUCCUUGUCGCUGCGUGCAAGCUCACACAAGCGCUCAGCAGGUCUGUGGGCGUUCUACGAACGAAGCUACUGGACGCUGGAAUCGCGCGACCGGUGUUUGGGUUGCUGGCAAAUCGGGAUCCACGGGUUAGAACUGCGGGUACGGAUGCGGUGACAAACUUGCUACUCCAGUUUAGCCCUAUGAGGGAGGAUCUUCUCUCACAAGGUGUGAUCAAGAUCUUAUGCAUGCAUGCACACUCAUCGGACCCAGAACUUCGACAUAGCGCACUGUGGGCUUUGAAACAUCUAUGCGCCUCGACGACGAAUGACAUUAAAUCGAACAUUGUAGAGGAGUUGGGAAGCACUUGGCUGAUUGACACUAUGAACGGCGAGCCGUACGGCCCGUCUUUUUCGUUACGAAAGCAAUCACAGCACAUGGCAACGGCCAAUGCGGCAGGGGAGCAUGUUGAUCUCCUCAAUGCUACAGAUGAACCUUUAAUGGAAGUCGAUGAUGAUGGAGAUUCGGAUCAAAUAAAAAGGAGCAGUGACAGAGACUAUGACGCCUCGGCGUCGUCUGAUGAUGACGAAAUGGCUAACUGUGAGCCUGGCCACACAAACCUAGUACCGUUCCAAGAACGUGCACGCCUCCGCGCAAUUCGACACGAAGAAGAAAGCCCUGUCGCGAGAGCACGAAGGGAUGACAUACGAAUUCAAGCUCAGGCAGUAGAUCUCGUGCGGAAUCUGAUAUCUGAGCCCGGGCCUAAGCAGCCAGAGAUGAUUGACAAUUUGCUAAAUACACUGGGUGCUCCAAGGCUUUUUGAAUGUCUUGCCGGAAAGCUUAAGCCCAGACCUACUGGCAUGGCCGGAAAGACCACUUCUUUCACCUCUGCAUCGUCUGCAGCUCCGGCAGGGAAGAGACCAACUCUUACGAUACCAGCUGCGACUUUAAAUACUUCGAGAGAUAAGGAGGCAAGUGCGCAUGCGAGCAGAAUAGCUUCUUUUCCAAAGCACCUCUAUCCGCAUGGGGAAGUCAUGCUUAAGACGCUGUUCACGCUCAUUCACGUAGGUAACGGCCGCCCUGCGCAUCGGCAUAUGCUAUUAGACCUACACACAAACCUUCCGCCACGUUGUUCUCCAGCGGCGCUGUUUCCGUCUACCUUUCCGCCACGUUUACUACCGCAAGGAGGUCCUGACGUGAAGCUGCUUGAUCUUCUGCUACCGUUGUUUUCACAUCCAGAUUCCCGGUUGCGGACGGCAUGCUGCUGGAUGGUGCAUAAUAUCAUGUGGAAGGAGGACCAAGCCGACGCUAAUAACUCAUGGGCUCGCGCCGUCGAGUUGCGGAACAGAGGAUUUGAAGAUGCGGUUCAUGCUUGCGUUUUUGACGAGAACUUAGACGUGAGGGAAAGGGCGAGGAGCUGUUUGGAAAUGUGGGGAGCUAAUAGUAAUAUUGGGGGAAGCAGUAGCAGCAAUAAUGUUACAGGACUGGGUGGCAGUAGAGGGAGCCUGGCCAGGGAAAGGGAGAGAGAGAUGAGAGAAGAGGUAGAGGGGAGAGGAGGAGCUGGGAGGAGCUGGGAGAGAUGAGCAAGCGUAAUAUAGCGUGUCAGAAAAUGAUCGAAGAUAAGAGACGAGAGGCUUUGUGCGUGUAAUUAUCCAGACAAUGUGAUAUGCAAUGAAUUUAACAAAUUCAGACCUG